UGAAUAUUUGUAAAGUGGGGGGGAGAGAGAUAGAGGGUGAUGGACUGAAAAAGAGAGUUAGAGAGAGAGAGAGAGACUGAAAACUCUGAAAGGGUACCAAGAAAAGAGAGAGCCCCAUCAACUCAUUCACACAGAGAGAGAGAGAGAGAGAGAGAGAGAGAGAGAGAGAUUGAAAUUUGCCUUAACUCUGCUGCAUUCUCAUGGUCUUUGUGUGAGAUAUUAUGUUCCUCAUCACUAUUUCCAUAACUUGAUUAUUAGCCAUGGUUCUUCUCAAGCUCUUCUUCUUCUUCACCCUUGCCUUCUUCUUCUCUUCUGCUUCCCUCUGUCUCUCCUACGAGCCUCGCAACCAUGAAGUGGAGGCUUUGAUAAGUUUAAGGCUAGCUUUGAAUGAUCCCCAUGGAGUUUUAAACAACUGGGAUGAAGACUCUGUGGACCCAUGUAGCUGGGCCAUGAUCACUUGCUCACCUGAAAAUGUUGUUAUAGGCCUGGGAGCUCCGAGCCAGUCUCUGUCUGGAACUUUAUCUGGGGCUAUUGGAAAUCUCACAAAUCUUCGACAAGUAUUAAUGCAAAACAACAAUAUAUCUGGCAAACUCCCACCGGAGCUUGGUACUCUUCCGAAGCUUCAGACUUUGGAUCUCUCCAACAAUCGAUUCUCCGGUUUCGUCCCAGACUCUCUGGGUCAGUUGAAUAGUCUCCAAUAUCUGAGGCUGAACAACAAUAGCUUGUCUGGGGCUUUUCCCGUGUCUUUAGCCAAAAUCCCUGAGCUUGCUUUCUUGGACUUGUCUUAUAACAAUCUCAGUGGACCAAUACCCAAAUUCCCAGCCAGAACAUUCAAUGUUGUGGGAAAUCCACUGAUUUGUGGAAGCAGCUCCACUGAAGGAUGCUCUGGAUCAGCGACCCCUGUCCCUCUUUCAUUAUCACUGAAAUCAUCACCUGGAAAACACAACUCCAAGACUGUAGCAAUUGCACUGGGGGUCAGCCUCAGUUGUGCACUUCUCAUAGUCCUUUCACUUGGAAUUGUCUGGUACAGAAAGAAGCAAAAAAGCCAAUCCAUUUUGAACAUAAGUGACAUUCAAGAAGAGGGACUUGUGAGCUUAGGAAACCUCAGAAACUUCACUUUCAAAGAGCUUCAACUCGCAACGGACCAUUUUAGCUCCAAGACCAUACUUGGUGCUGGAGGUUUUGGCAAUGUUUACAAGGGAAAGCUAGGAGAUGGGACUAUGGUGGCAGUGAAACGGCUUAAGGAUGUAACAGGAACAGCUGGAGAAUCACAAUUUCGGACAGAACUAGAGAUGAUAAGCCUUGCAGUACAUCGGAAUUUGCUUCGGUUAAUUGGAUAUUGUGCUACCUCUAAUGAGAGACUUCUGGUAUACCCUUACAUGUCUAAUGGCAGUGUGGCUGCCAGGCUUAGAGGAAAACCAGCACUAGAUUGGAACACAAGGAAGAAGAUAGCAAUAGGAGCUGCAAGAGGUCUUCUGUAUCUACACGAACAAUGCGAUCCGAAGAUAAUACACAGGGAUGUAAAGGCUGCAAAUGUGCUCCUGGAUGACUACUGUGAGGCUAUUGUUGGAGAUUUUGGCCUUGCGAAGCUCCUUGACCAUGCUGAUUCUCAUGUCACCACUGCUGUCCGUGGGACUGUUGGGCACAUUGCACCAGAAUACCUUUCCACUGGUCAAUCAUCUGAAAAGACUGAUGUUUUUGGAUUUGGAAUUCUCUUGAUAGAGCUCAUAACCGGAUUGAGAGCUCUCGAGUUUGGCAAAACAGUUAAUCAGAAAGGAGCCAUGCUUGAAUGGGUGAAGAAAAUACAACAAGAGAAGAAAGUGGAAGUGUUGGUGGACAGAGAGCUAGGAAACAUUUACGACCGGAUUGAGGUUGGGGAAAUGCUGCAAGUGGCUCUGCUGUGCACUCAGUACCUACCAGCCCACCGCCCCAAGAUGUCGGAAGUGGUCCGGAUGCUCGAAGGCGAUGGGCUAGCCGAGAAAUGGGCAGCAUCACAUAAUCAUAGUAAUUCCAGCAUGGACCUCUUUCAUACUCACAACAGUAACAAAAGUAAUACCCACCCUAGUAGCAUUGGAUCAAAACAUGAUGACAAUGAACGUGAUCGGGCAAGCAUGUUUGGCACCUCUGUGGAUGAGGAUGAUGAUGAGCAUUCUUUGGAUUCCUAUGCCAUGGAGCUCUCUGGUCCAAGAUAGAAAAGAAAGUACAGAGAAAUAGAAAAAGAAGAUUAGAUUUUAUUUCCUGCAUUCUUUAUAAGAAAAAAAAUAUGAAGUUAGUUCUAAGAAAGAUAGGUGGUGGUUCUGUUUGGGAAACCAACUUUUCUCAUUCCAGCUUUGUGGGUUAUGUAAAUAUGACUUUAUAAUCUUAAUUUUUUUUUUUCUGGCUGUAUUUUGGUAUUUUAGGGGUGAAGAAAGUAAAAGGGGGCAAAAUGGAUGCGGACUUUGCAUAGGGGCAUGGCAUAGUAGAUAUACAGAACAUCAUCAGAUGCUCUGCUCUGCUGACCCCUAGUGUUGAGACAGAUCAUUUCCCAGAAUAUUUUUUUGACUAAAGAGUUGGUGUGAAAUUUGCUUCUGAUA